GUAUAACAAAGACCAGAAAAAAGAAAUCCUUCUGUUUCAGGUAGCGUUUAGUUCAGUCUGUCUCCGAGCGAUGAACCCCAAAGUUCUUUCCCUGAUAUGCUUCUUGCUCGUAUUUCUGUCCAUUCUUUUAGCUUCAUCGGCGGUCCAUGUCACCUCGACUUCGACCGCUUCCAGCAUCAUCUUCACUACGCUUGGUAGAUCGGACUAUGCCUUCGACAUCUACUCCCUUCCGGCGCUGGACCCCCCUUCAAUCUCUGACGAAUUCAGAAUUACCGACGGCGAAUCUGUUAAUUUCAACGGCCACUUCCCUUCUUCCUCAUCCUCCAUCCUCUCUUUAUUGGCCAGAGAAGGUGAUAUUGAAACCAGGGUGCGGAAGGACCCAUCUUCCCUCCAGCUUAUCUACGUGACGGAACGGAACGGGACCUCGAAUAUCUACUACGAUAAGGUUUAUCAUGGUGCUCAUCUAAGCAGCAGGUCAAGGGCCGCCCUUGAAGUCCGCGAUCGGGUUCAGAUUCCACUGUUGCGUUCUGCAGAGGGGGAGAAUCGGAUUUCGAUGAAGGAUAGACCGGGUUUGACUGGGGAUGGCUUGUUGGUGUACGUGUCGACUCACGAGGACCCUGGCAAGCCAAGGUCGAGUUGGGCUGCGGUGUACUCAACGGAUUUGAUGACGGGUUUGACUCGGAGGCUAACUCCUAAUGGUGUGGCUGAUUUUAGCCCGGCUGUGUCGCCGUCUGGGUUUUGGACUGCGGUUGCAUCGUACGGUGAAAAGGGUUGGACCGGUGAUGUCGAGGAGCUUAAAACGGACAUCUAUGUUUUCUUGACCCGUGACGGGACUCGGCGAAUUAGGGUCGUUGAGCACGGCGGAUGGCCGUGCUGGGUGGACGAUUCGACUCUAUACUUUCAUAGGAGAGGUGAUGAUGAGUGGUGGAGUAUUUACAGAGCGACUUUACCGAGUGAGGGACCGAUAUCUACUGAGUCAGUGGUUGUUGAGCGAGUCACUCCACCUGGACUCCACGCGUUCACACCAGCUACCUCAACAGGGAACAAGAACUUCAUUGCUGUGGCCACGAGGAGACCCAGCUCGAGUUUUCGUCACAUAGAGCUUCUCGACCUGAUUAAGAACGAGUUCAAGGAGCUGACUCGUCAUGUCUCGCCCCAGACUCACCACUUCAACCCCUUCAUCUCGCCGGACUCGACUCGGAUCGGGUACCACAAGUGCAGAGGCUUAGGAAACGGAAGAGCAAGCACCCAACUGUUGCUCGAGAACGUCCGGAGUCCCGUACCCGAGCUCUCCCUCUUCAGAAUCGACGGUUCGUUUCCUUCUUUCUCACCCAGCGGUGAUCGCAUAGCGUACGUUGAUUUCCCAGGCGUCUAUGUCGUGAACCGGGACGGUUCCAACCGGCGUCAGGUUUUUCCCGAAAUGGCAUUCACGACUGUCUGGAACCCGGUCGGGAAAGGGGUUGUGUACACUAGCACGGGGCCCACUUUUGCUUCGGAGAGCACCGAGGUCGAUAUCAUCUCCAUCAACGUCGACGAGGGUCCCCAAACAAGUUUCAAAAAGUUGACCAACGACGGCAAAAACAACGCCUUUCCGUCACCUUCCCCCGACGGCAAAUGGAUUGUGUUCCGUUCGGGUCGUACGGGUCACAAGAACCUCUACAUUAUGGACGCCGUGGAAGGAGAUCGAGGCGCGAUCCACAGGCUGACGGAGGGUCCCUGGAGCGACACGAUGUGUAGUUGGUCACCGGACGGCGACUGGAUCGCGUUCGCAUCGGACCGAGAGAAUCCGGGUAGUGGGAGCUUCGAAUUGUACCUGAUCCACCCGAAUGGAACCGGACUGAAGAAGCUGUUUCAGAGCGGGUCUGGCGGUAGAGCGAACCACCCGAUCUUUAGUCCAGACGGGAAAAGCAUAGCGUUUACUUCAGAUUACGCAGCCGUUUCAGCCGAGCCAAUCUCAAACGCACAUCACUAUCAACCGUACGGUGAGAUCUUCAGGAUGAAAUUGGACGGCUCAGAUCUGAAGAGAUUGACACAUAAUUCGUUCGAGGAUGGGACCCCUUCGUGGGGUCCAAAGUAUAUGGAGCCUGCUGACGUGGAAUGGCUGAAAGGUGGGACAGGGUGCGCCUUUGAGGACUGUCACUGGCUCAAUGAGAUGCCCACUCAAGGAGCCAGGGCUGCACACUUGGUCUCAACCAAUCGUCAAUGUGGUGCCCCCCCAUAAAUAAUGACACUUUUCUCUCAUGUUUUUAUAUAAAUAUUAGUGGGUAUUUGGUAACAUGAUGUACUAUGUUAAUAGCUAGGAUGAACCAGCCUUGUACACAACCUUCUUGAUGUUGAAAUAAAUAAGAAUGUCCCAUUUUCCUUGGGAUCAUAUCUUUUUGUAAA